AUUAUCACUUCCUAACCUUGCAUUUCCGGUGUGAUUGUACGAAAAAUUGUAGAAAACAUCUUAAUCGGAAUUUAUAUUAGUUUAAAAUUGAAAUCUACAAUUAUCAGUAAAAAUGAAAUGGUUUGAUGGUAAUGUGACUGAGGCUAUUCAACAAGCUAAAGAAAGAUCAUCUUUGUUUAUUGUAUAUAUAUCAGGUUGUUGUUUUUCGUUUCUUUCCUUUUUUCGAUUUGAAUGCUAUUCAAGACAUAUUAUUAGUUUAACAAUAUGAUAAUAUUGUCUUCUUAGGCACUGAUGAAAUAUCUAAUAAAAUGAUCCAAACUUGGGAGAAUGAAGAUGUUUGUAAAGCAAUCGAAGAAACAAGAAGUGUUUGUCUAAAAUUAGAAGCAAAUAGUGAAGAGUGUGCACAAUUUUCAGUCUAUUGUAUCCUUUUUUUAAGAUAUGAUUAAGUAAUUAGACAUUUUCUAGUAUUUAAUAUGUUGAUUCAAUGAGAAUAUUUAAUUGUAUUUAAUCCUUGACUGAGAAUAUUAAGAUCCUGUAAUGACAGUUCCAACAACAUACUUUAUUGGAUUCGACGGCAAGCAGAAGCUUAUUGUAGCAGGUUACGUCGAAUCAGCUGAUUUUUUAAAAAAAAUAACUGAGGCAUGCGAUGGUGUCAGUCCAUCUGAUUCUGCAUCUGGAGUUGACUUGUCUAUAAACGAUAAAGUCGAAAAAGCUAAAGAAAAAUUGCGACAAAAACAAGAGGAAAGAAAGUUUGAAGAAAGUCAAAAGGAAAAGGAUGACGAACUAAACAGACGAUCUACGGGCAAAAAUGUCACAAAAUUGAAACAGUGGCAGGAAACUAAAGAGGCAGAAGAAACUAGAAAUCAGAUUAUUAAGGACAGAGAAGAGGAUAAAAAAGCAAAAGAAAGAAUUAAAGAACAAAUUGCAAGAGAUAGAGCUGAGCGUAAGGCUCGAUUUGAAGAGACACAACGUCUUAAGAAGGCGACCACCGAAAAAGAGAAACAGGAAAAAUUACAAAGAGAAGCCGAUGAAAAGCGAAUGGAAGCUUCUAGAAGAAGUGAAACUGCCCGUAUACAGUUUCGUUUACCUGAUGGUCAGGCUGUAAAUCACUUUUUCCCUUCUGGUAAUAAAUUUCAAGACGCAGUUGAUUAUUUAAGGACUGAGCACUCUCUAAAAAAUAUUCAACUAAUGACGAAUUUUCCCAAGAGAAUCUACAAUCCGAACGAAUAUGGUUUAUCAUUUAGUGAAUUACAGCUGGCUCCCUCAUCUGUGAUUACUGUUAAAUUGGUAUGUGCGGUUUAUUUUUUUAUUAUAAAUAAAGCGUGUGUAUCGAUAGCUCGGAAGUUUUAUGUCAACUCCUGGAGAUGGUGGUGGAGGAAUGGGUUUAGUUUCAAGUAUCUACAAUACUAUAUCAAACUCUAUAACCUCUGUUUGGAACAUGAUUUACACAUUUGUAUUUGGUACACCACAACAACCAGCAGUUCAAUCUAAUCGAUCCAACAGUCAACAACAAAGAGACUCUCAGACCUCUUCAACUUCGUAAGUAAACAGGUUUUUAAAACUCUUUUCCGAGCUGGUGAAGAAUACACUAAAUAUAUUAACAGAAAUACACUGAGGCAUCGUUCGAAUAUAGCAAGGUUAUCUGAUAGGAGGAAUGACGACGAUGACAUGGCACUUUACAACGGUAAUUCUACGCAGCAAAUGUAAAGUUAAUGUCAGUUUGGUUAAGUAUUUUAAAACAAUAAAAUUUUCAAUUUUAAGAUUCAAAAAAAAAAAUCAAUUGUCUUUUUAUUUUAACAACGAAUAGGAACGGCAAGAAAAAUUCACGAAUUGAGACAAAUUUCAGUUAAAAAAACAUCUGUUUUUGCGCAGUAAGUGAAUAAAAACAAGUUGUCAAGAUUUUCCGUUAAAUCAAGUUAGAACUUUCAAAGGGUAUGAUCAUAUUAAUUUCACAAGGCACAAAAAGUGACAGAUCAGAAUUUUUCAUCUAUUGUAGCUUAUUUAAAUAUUUCUUCUCAAAAUAGUUCAGCGAUGUAUAUAGCAUAGGCGGAUAUAAUAUUUAAGCAACGAACACGAUAGUUAAAAGCCGAUAAAAUUAUUUGACACUCACAACGUCAAAGCCGCGAAAGAAGAAAAUUCGAAUAUUGUUGCAGUGAUAAAAAUGGAAUAAUUUGCAAAACCUACGUUAUUGCAACGUUUCUUUAAAAAACAUUGGUCUCAGUGCACCCCAGCAAUAACGUAUGUUUUUUUUUUUUUGUUUUUUUGACAAA